AUGCCCACGGCCAGACUACAGAUUUACAUACUCUUCGAGGGCGAGGCAACGGUGCAUUGGAAUGAAACCAGAACUACUAGCGUAAAUGGAAAUACGUCAAGCUAUACGCAGCCUUUUCGGAGCAAACAAAGGUACCUAAACACCCGUUCUAAUGUAUUCGGAUAUGGAGUACUACCAGCUGGUACGCACACCUACAACUACUGCUUUCUCUUGCCACUGGACUGCCCCACUUCAGUGGUGGCACAGCAUGGAAAGAUCAGCUACGAGAUCUCUCUGGUAAUCAAUCGCCAUUGGCGAUUCAACAAAGUCUAUAAACAUCCACUAACUGUGGUUCAGACCUACAACCUAAACAUGAGUCCUCAAUUGCUGAUACCGCUGGUGCGAGAGGAAGUCAAGCACUUUUGCUGUUGGCCAUGCAGUUCCGGUCCCGUUCUUUCAACUCUCACAAUACCUUUCGGUGGAUAUGCACCCGGCCAGAAGAUCCACUUCACCUUGGAAAUCGAUAACCAAUCGAGUGGCUAUGACCUGGACGGAAUCGAAGUUAAAUUGAAGCAGAACUUCUUGUUUGAGGCCAACUCCCCUUACAACAAAACGCGUGAGCAGGAGAACAGUCUAAGUCAAAGCUGCCAGGAGGAAAGGGUAUUGCGAUUGUCAAGUAAGAUCAUCAACUACACCUUGGCCAUUCCAUCGGUACCGCCGACCUCCCGCACCCAAUGUAUUAUAAUGGUGAGCUAUCGUGUGGUUGUGUCGCUGAAGAUGGGCAGCUGCCACAAGGACUCGGUCUUCGAAAUGCCGAUUGUCAUUGGCACCAUUCCUUUAAUCCAGAGCGCACGAAAUCCAUUUAAUGGGGUGCAGAGGAUACCAGAAACACAGAGUACCCCGGCCGUAACUGCUACAGAGCUGCCUCCUAGUUAUGACAACUGCAACCCACCAACCUUCGAGACGGCCACCAAUUUUGGGGAGAGGUUUAUAGACAUGGAUGUGGACGAGCACAAUCACACGGAUGACUUUAUUCCGCGUUACCCGGUGUACACCAACUUUGCAAUGCCGUCUGCGCCCCCUCCACCCUCUGAGGAACUGGAUUCCCAAUUCGUUCCUGUAACUUCCUCAUAA